AUGACCACCGCAAAUAUUUUCCGUCUCAAAGCCUCAAUUCAGGAAUACGAAUGGGGGAAGCCGGGCAGCUCGUCCCUCGUUGCGAAAUAUGCGAAUGCUGCUGUUGGUGACGAGUACAAAGUCGAAGACACGAAGCAUUAUGCAGAGAUUUGGAUGGGGACACACAAAAAUGGUCCUGCUUCAGUAUGGAACAGCCCGGACAUAACUCUGCAUGGGCUCAUAAUGGCCUCCCCACGUGUCUUCUUAGGCGCUCGACUCACAACUCCGACAUUCACUCAAGACGCAAAGUUCCCGCAUAGCACAGACGUUCCUUUCCUGUUUAAGAUUCUUUCAAUAGCUAAGGCUCUCCCGUUACAAGCCCAUCCAGACAAAGAGCUGGGGGAGAAGCUGAACAAGGAGGACGCAGUACAAUUCUUUGACUCCAAUCAUAAGCCCGAGAUUGCCGUAGCUCUUGCGGAUGGCUUCAAGGGCUUCGUUGGCUUCCGUGAGCCAAAGCUUAUUGCAAAGGAUUUGGAAAACAUUCCGGAACUCGGGGAGGCGAUUGCAAAUGAUGAAGAAAUUGCACGUUUCAUCCGCGAGCAGGAUAAAGCAUCCCUGAAGCUUGUCUUCUCAAAACUUCUAUCAACUAGCACCGAGAGUGUUUCGCAGGCCGUAUCAAAGCUCAUGGGACGUGUCAAACGACAUGGAGCCGCCGCCAUCGGUGGCAAUACCUCCCAAACAGAUCUCGUCAAAAUUCUGAAUGCGCAAUACCCUCAAGACGUUGGCGUGCUCGCAGCGCCGUUCUUCAUGAAUCUCGUCACACUCAACCGUGGCGAGGCUAUCUACAUUGGUGCGGAUGAAGCACAUGCGUAUUUAGAAGGGGAUAUUAUUGAAUGUAUGGCUGUAUCGGAUAACGUCCUUAACGCAGCGUUCGUUCCUCCCGACACGCGUAAUACACGCACGUUUACCGAAUCGCUGACAUACACUGCGCGUGAGCCAAAUCAUUGGUUACUCGAGAAGACACCGUACAAACGUUCGAGAACUGGGAGGACGACGGCGUUUGAUCCGCCAUUGGAAGAGUUUACCGUAUUGUGGACCAAGUUAAGGGAGCAUGAGGGAGGCGAGGAAUACUUGGAGAAUGCGGAGGGCCCGACGAUUGGAAUCGUCACGCGAGGUACCAUUGAGUUUGAGGAGCAAGGUCCGGAUCGUGAUAAGCUUGUGCUGGGAGAGGGAGCAAUUAUCUUCGUCAAGCCGAAGACGGAUCUCAUCGUAAGGUCCACGGCAGAGGAAGGUGAAGUGUGGUGGUCAACCUGUGUCGAGUAA